UCCACUUCUCGAAGCAAAGAAACGCCGCAGCCAAAAACCCUCCCCGAGCUUCGGAUACACACUCUCUCUCUGUAACACAUCUUAUUCCCCAAACUCCCAAGCCAGGCUCUCUAAAAUGGAAAUUAUAGAGGACUGCAACUGCAAGGAGGAGACAGAAUCUGUAAAUCUCCUCCUCUCCCUUUCUCAUAUGAGCCUUUGAUACCUCUCUCCAUUUCCUCGACGGAGAAGAGACAGAGCUACGGUGGAUUUUUCAGGGACGAAAUCUGCCGGCAUGAGACCCGAAGAAACGACUACCGGUCUCCACUGGACAAACCUCUAGAUCAACUCACUGACGAAGACAUUUCACAGCUAACUCGCGAGGAUUGCCGUCGAUACCUAAAAGAAAAAGGAAUGCGUCGUCCUUCUUGGAACAAAUCGCAAGCGAUCCAGCAAGUCAUCUCCCUAAAAUCGCUGCUAGAGAUCAGAUCUGAUUCCGGCGCCGGUAUCCGCCAAACUGUCGUGUCUUCUCAGCCGGAAAAUCCACCACAUCAGAUCCCUCAUGUACCGGCUGUUGAAGAGCACGCUGUUGAAGAGCAUGUUUCGUAUCGGCGAAAAGACCCUCCGAAAUCCUCUUUCUCCGGCGAUGUUUCGGCUCGUCUCCCCUCCACCCAUAAUAACAAAGCCAUCCCUCCCACACCAACCAGAAUCACAAGAACAACAAACGAAACAGUGGGUCAGAUGACUAUUUUCUACCAUGGGAAGGUGAAUGUUUAUGAUGGUGUACCGGCAACUAAGGCAAAAGCGAUCAUGCAACUUGCAGGCAGCCCCACCUACUUGCCCCAGGACACUCCAUCUGGUGUAAAUAGAGCAGUUCGCCUCUUUCCGUCCCAUUUACAGGCAGCACCUGACAGACCGGGAUUCAGCUUUCCAGCUGCAAGUUCCCCAACUUUGCAAACAGCAAAAGUCACAGAAAAUACUAUGCAGUACAGGGAAGAAAGGAGCAUGCCUCAUGAAGUUGAACCUGAAGGUCCAACAAGUAGAAAAGCAUCCUUGCAAAGAUACCUUGAGAAGCGAAAAGACAGAUAUGGUUUAAAGGGCUAAGAUGAUGUUUCAGAGGAGACGAAUAUGACCUGCACUCUACUCGCCAUCCAAACCAGCUAUUUCUUUUUUCUCUCACUGGACUGCAUUGAAGGAAGAUGUAAGAGCAACUGAAAGAGGGGAGAGUGAUCAUCUUGUUCUAGCUUGGGAAUGUAAUUGAACCAUCCGAUGAUGAUUAAGGACCCUAACUGGCAGUCAACCGAAAGCGACUCAUGUUUGCCAUCCCAACCAAACUACUUCAGAUGCCUACCCAAUGUUAGUUCAGUUGAGAACCAGGCCAAGGAAUUUUGAUCUCAGUUACAAUGGUAAGUUAUGUGAAGUUCACUUCUUGGCACAUCUUUAUCAUACAAGACAUUUUUUUUAACAAUUGCAUGCCUUGUAAUCAAAGACGAUUCCCAUGGUGUGCUAGUCUUGACAGUAUAUGCGAAAGGGUUCAGUGAGUCCAUGCAGUACUUUGAGGUGUCAGUCCUUGGGAACCUUGCUUUCACCCCUGGUGUGUCUUUGAUGUCUAGAACUCAUGGGUACAUUGCUUAUGGGGUGAUGUGUUCCAGUUCAAAAGUGACAGCAGAUGAUGAACGUUCUGAUAGCUAAUUUAAGAUGGAUGAUGAUCAAAGGGUAUAGAAAAAAUGCCCGACUCAUGUUUGUUCUUAGCUGAUCAGUAUUAGUUUGAGGUUAUGGGGUUCCCUGGCGAUGAACCAGUACUGGAGUAGUGAGUUAAAUAUUGGUGACAUGAUUCGAUUAAUGUAAGAGAUGAUUUUUAGAGAAUCCAAAGUUCCCCUCCAA